UUGAUUGUUUCAAAAUGUAAACACAUUACAAACUCGUAACUAAUUCUUAAUCCAUGUACCAGAUCAUAAUCUCUCGUUUACAGUUUUAAUCUAACUAAAUUUGCUAAAUCAUCUUCACCAUUCAUUUGAUCACCACGUCUCUCCAAGUACACUUGUGGUCCUUUAGCUUAGUUGUUGGCUCGGUGACAGCCUUUUCUUUGAGCAGAGCUUGCAUACAUUCACCCUUGGACUUGUCUCGUGCACCACACACUUUCACGUGAUCAUCUAUCACGUUUAUUCCAUGCAAUUUAACAUUGCACGCGAUCUUUGCUCGAUCACCACUUUUCUCUUCACAAAACACGCUCCUCAAUCCGAGUGAGGCAAGUGAUACAACACCAUGUCUUUCCCUGAGCUACAUGAAGAAUUACUGACUCAAGAGCUUUGUGAAGAUAUAUGCGAUUUGAUCCAUGAUAAGGAUACAUACCCCAAUUCUAUCUCCUUCGUAUGAUAUCUGUAAAUAGACAAAUUAGGAUUAAGUUUUGAAAACAAACUACACAAUUGCAAUAAAUCACAAGGAAACAAAUUAAAGGCUAAUAAAUAAAUAACUAAAUUUUCAUUAAACUUUUCAAUUCAUUUAAGCAAGAGAACUCAAAAUAUGGUAAGAUCUCAUAGGAAAGCAUAUAAUCCGAAAAUGGUCUUCCCCUCCUUAGUCGGCAAUUCAUGGAUGUCAAUAAAGUCAAAUGUUGACUCUUCAACGAUUUCGGCUAUGACUUUAGCAAAAUAAUUGAGCUCAAAUUCCCACUCGUCCAAAGUCAAUAAAUAUCAUACUUACUAGAAGCACAUUUUCAUUCGGCUUCUACUUAUCCAUUGCACAACACCAUAAACAAUCAACUGAUGAUAAAUCUUUUCCUUUUCUCCCUACUCUCAAUCUCCUCUGCUCAACCCCUCCCAAGAUUACUCACACCCCUCAACAAGGACCCCAUCACCUCUCUCUACACCAUACUCCUCAACUCCAUCGACCCUUACGUCAUCGACAUCGCAGCUCCCUUCUCAUGGCGCCGCUGCCCCUCCGCUCCCCACCCCACGGUGGCUUGCUUCACCGCGGAAUGCACCCAAGCUCAAUACCUACCCUCACCAUGCCCCUUACCUCCAAUCUCAUCAACAACCCCAUGCAAAUGUAUGGUAUCCCCUAGAAACCCCAUAACCCAAUCUUGUGCAUGUGCUCAGCUGACUUACACCAAUAUCACGGAUCGUGGGGCCCAUAUUUUCUUGAAACAUAUAUUCCUAUCAUGUGCUCCAAACCCUCUCUUUGAGUCUCUCCCCAAAGGAGCAGUAGGCCUAGCAAGCCUCUCUCUCGCUCCUCUCUCUCUCCAAAACCAAUUCUCCGACCGGCUUCCUCAGCUUAGUCGAACAUUCGCAAUGUGUUUGCCGAGCGCGAGUUCAAGAAAUGGGGCUGUUUAUUUCGGCAAUGCAUCUGAUCACAGUCUCUUAUCGUACACCCCGCUUCUCACCAACCCUAAAACUGCGGAUUACGCAGUUGGGAUCAAGGGUUUAUCGGUAGGUAAGCACUCAGUUAUUGCGAUGUCUCCAUUCGAAGGGAUUAGGCUAAGCACGGUUGUGCCUUACACUACUCUAGCGGCCGAUGUUUAUGCGAGAUUUGUGGAGCGUUUUGAAGAGGGGAUGAUGGGUGUGCCUAAGAUGAAGAGUGUGCCGCCAUUUACGACGUGUUACAAAGAUAGUGCGGUCGGUUUUAGCCGUGUGCCGCGGAUUGAUUUGGAAUUUGAUGGUGGCAAGAAUUGGACGAUUUUUGGGGCGAAUUCGAUGAGGCGAGUCGGUGGAGAUACGACGUGUCUUGCGUUCUUGGACGGCGGAGAGAAGGCGGCGCUCAAGAUCGUGAUCGGAGCGUUUCAGAUGGAGGAUAAUUUGUUGGUGUUUGAUGUUGAUCGAUCGAGGUUUGGGUUUAGUUCCUCGUUGUUGUCUGAGGGGAUGUCAUGUAGCAACUUUAAUUUUACAAAAUAAAAAUAAUUUAUAUAGUAAGUUAAUUAAA